CUCUCUCUCUCCCAUACAUACUUUGAAUAGCAAGUAUCCCUAUAUUUAGCAAAAAUAAAAUAUCAUUUAUUUAUUUUAUUUACUUGAACUUGUUACAACAAGCAUAUCAUCCAGACCCCCCUUUUUGCCUUACUUUCAACACUAUUCUCUCUCUAGCUAGCUAGUAUCAACUUCCAACACAUUAUCCAUUAUUCUGUGAUCCACAAUUUGAUACCACCAUUCUUUAACAGGCUAACAGGCAACGAGUGGUGGAUGAAGGAAGAAGUAAGCAUCCUUCUGCUGCAACUGUCUGCUAGCUACUAGUACAACUCUCUCUCUCUCUCCUUUUCUCUCUCUCUCUGUCUCUCUAUUUAUGUUCUAUUUUAUUUAUGUAUCUUUGUCGUUGCUUCAUUGUAUUUUUUGUUAGGUAACAACAAAUUUAAGGUUCCAGUUUGUUUGGAACUUGUUACUUUAAAUUUUUUACUUGCAUAGUUAGAUUCUUAAAUUUAGUUCAGUUCAAUAUUUAUGAUAUUGGUAAUUAUGGUUAACUUAUUUUUUAUUUCUUUUUUGUUUUUCAUGCAAUUAUGAAUGCUAUAUUAUAGGUAACCAAACAAAGAGGGACAUUGAAGAAGCAGAGCUAAAAAAAGUGAUUUCAAAUUUAUAAUUUUUCAGUUUUUUGUUGUUGGUGGUGUUAUUAUGGAUUGGAAUUUGAAAGCAUCUUCUUGGGAUUUGGGGGGUAUAGAAGAAGCAACACUACCCAACAUAGAAACAACAAUAGAAGAACAAGAAGAAGAAUCAAACAGAUUUGGGAAAUUUUCUGUUGAUUUAAAGCUUGGUCAAGUUGAGAAUUCUGUAACUGAUCAAUCAUCAUCUUCACCACUUCCUUUGUGCAAAGAUGCUAUUGUUGUUUCCAAAAUGGCAUCACCUUCUUCUUCUGGAUCUUCUAAGAGAGCUAGAGCUAUUAAUAAUACAACAUUGUCAGUUUCUUGUCUUGUUGAUGGUUGUAAUUCUGAUCUUAGUAAUUGUAGAGAUUAUCAUAGGCGUCAUAAGGUUUGUGAACUUCAUUCUAAGACUCCUGAGGUUACAAUUGGUGGCCUUAAGCAAAGGUUCUGCCAACAGUGUAGCAGGUUCCAUUCACUGGACCAAUUUGAUGAAAGAAAAAGAAGCUGUAGAAAACGUUUAGAUGGACACAACCGAAGGAGAAGAAAACCUCAACCCGAACCUAUCAUGCGACCUGCUGGUAGUUUUUUGUCCAAUUACCAAGGCACCCAAUUGCUACCUUUUUCAAGUUCUACUACCAUGGUGAAUUCAGCUUGGAGUAGUAGCGGACUCAUUACUUCCUGUGAAAGUGGUAGACUUCACAUCCACAACAACCAACAAAACCAACAACUACAUGUGGUUGAUAAACAAGACCAUUUUCUUGGUUCUACUGCAACAACCUAUGGAGAAGGAAAACAACUUCAAUUUUUACACAACGACAACACCAACAACAACAACAACAACAACACACCUUUUCUCAGGACAAGUAGCAAAAUGUUUUGUGAUAGCUUAACAACUUCUUCAGUACAUGAAUCUCCUCGUGCUCUCUCUCUUCUGUCAUCAUCACAGACACACACAUCUCAUUCAAUGGCGCAGCAGCCUCAUUCAAUGUCUCUCAUGCAGCCACCCUUAGGACUGAGUCUGCAUGGUAACAACAACAACAACAACAGCUUUGAGUCAAUGGAUAGAGUUUUGGUUCCUAAUGGGAAUGAGAGUGAUCAUUGUUCCUCAUUGUAUAACAUUGGUUCUGAUGGAUCUCAAAGCAAUGAUGCACCUCAACUAUAUCCCUAUCAAUGGGAAUAGAUAAGAACUCAUCCUUUGUUAGUUCAGUUUGAAUGAAUUCUCAUCCCAUGGACUAAGUUAUGAUUUUCCUUUGAUUAUUUAUUGAUUCAUAAAAGUAAUGCAUGGAGUUUAUGAUCUUUA